AGGUAUUUCGUUUUUAUUUUUGAUAAUGCCCCAAGUGGAUAGGGUGAGUCCAAUUUUUUGGAUAUAUGAAAUUCUUAAUUCAAAACAAUUACUAAAUAUCUAAUCCGAAAAAUGUCUUCCCUCUUCGCCGCUACUUCGGCUUCGUUCAUCUCUCACUCUCAGCCACUGAACAAGCUCCACAACCACCUCUUCGCCUCCUCUUCUCCUCCGCCGCCGCCGAAUCCGGAGUCUCCUCCGCCGUCGAAUCCGUUGAGCUCCGCCGCGACGGAGCAGCAAUCUCCGGCGCCGAUAAGAUCGCAGCAGCAGAAGAGGAAGACGAGCGUUGAGACGACGGAUUGGGUGGCUUCGUCGCUGACGCGGCGGUUCGGAAUCGGAGCAGGACUUGCUUGGGCGGCGUUUCUCGCCGUCGGAGUCGUCUCCGAGCAGAUCAAGACAAGGCUUGAGGUCUCCAAGGAAAAAGCUAACACAAGAGAUGUAGACAAGCAGGAAGAGAUCGUGUUGCCGAAUGGUGUAAGGUAUUACGAUCUAAGAGUUGGAGGAGGAGCCAAUCCACGGCCGGGAGACUUAGUGGUGAUUGAUCUGAAGGGACAGGUCCAAGGUACAGGAGAGGUUUUCCUGGACACGUUCGAGAGCAAAGACAAGAAGCCUCUUGUCCUAGUGAUGGGUUCGAGGCCAUAUACUAAAGGAAUGUGCCAAGGCUUAGAAUACGUACUGAGAUCGAUGAAAGCAGGAGGUAAACGCCGAGUUAUCGUUCCACCAUCGCUAGGGUUUGGAGAAAACGGGUCGGAUUUGGGACCGGGACUGCAAAUUCCGCCAUCUGCGACAUUAGAGUAUGUAGUUGAGGUUGAUAAAGUCUCCAUUGCUCCUGCUUGAGUUAUUUCGCUGUGAAGUCCGAACAGAAUUCAAUAUAAAAAUAUCAAUAUAUGCAUGGUAUGUUUGCGUA